CUUUGCGUUUUGGUAAAGAAAAGAAAAAGAAGUCGUCUUGGUAUGGAGAGAGACGGUGGCGCGUCAUGGUGGAAGAGGCGCGUGGGGUGAGAGGGAGAGAGAAAAGCACACACACUUUUUCACUUAUGAAUCCAUUUGUCCCUGACUUCUCUCUCUUCAUUCUCUCUCUUCGAACCCUAAAAACCACACAUUUUUGGCACUGAGAUUCAUUGGAACCAGAGCUGAAAUAUAGGAUCUUACAACAGCUGUCUCUUCGGUAGAGGAGACGAGGAUGAGCAGAGGGAAUCCACCAGAGCCACUUGAUUUCUUCAUCUGGACUGUUGAGGAUGUUGGAUCUUGGCUUGAGGAGAUAAACCUUGGCAGCUACCGCCAGAUUUUCAAAGAAAGUAGUGUCAACGGCGAAUAUCUAGAAAGCAUGUCUGUGUUCACAACCGAACAGAUCCUUCACUUCAUAAGGAGGCAUCACAUGAAAUGGGGUGACUUCAUCACCCUCUGUAAAGAACUCCGAAGGAUUAAAGUGGCUUGCUUGAAAGGUGAGCAGAGAGUUCGACGGCCAUGGUGGGCACCUUCUUGCCUCUCAGUAGUUUUUGUUAAGGCGGCUAAGCGCAACCAACAAUCUCGAGUUGUAUCUCUGAAACAUGAAUCUUGACAUUACACUUUGCAUGUUUAUUAUGUGCGUUCUUGUCUCUCUUCUUUUCAUUUUAUUUUUUGGUUUAUAUUGAUUGCAAGGGAGAAAGAAAAUUAUGGUUUGGUACGUUGGUGUAUACAUGAAAUGCUAAUUUAUUAGAUUUAUUAUUAAUAUGGCUUCUCUA